CAUCUAGUGUGGUGGGUGUAGCUUUAACUCUCCCAGAGCGAGACCCGCGGAGCUAUUCCAGAAGGGGACCCCGCCCCUCCCCCUUUCGGGAGCAUGACUCCUUCCUCCCCGCCGCGAGGCCUGUGGCGACUGGGUCCGUUGGGGCAGAACCAUGGAGGAAAAGCCUUUCAAAGCUUUGGGCCCCAGUGGCUCAGGUAAAUCGAGCCUGGAGGACAUCCGGAAUCUGUGGACCACGGCCUCGCUGUCUCAGUCGCAGCUGAACUUGCCGCUGUCCGAUGUCUGCGAGGACUCCCACGUGGAGCGCAGCAGCUUGGGCCACAAGACUCGCCAGUGGUACAACCAGAAGACCGGCCAUUACUCAGACGUCGCCUGGGAAAAAUCGGUUGCCCGAGACAAGGUCCACUUCAAGCAAGAAAAGCAGGACGACCGCUCCUUGUUGGAGCUGGAGCGGCGCAGAGGCAGCUCCCAGGGAAGCCACUUAGAGGGGGAUGACGAUUCCAAAACCGACACUGAACUCCGUAUCUGGAAGCACACAACCCAUCAAGCCUACUGGGAGGAGCAGCAUAACAGGCUGCCACUGCCCCUGAUGGAACUUAUGGAGAAUGAAGCUCUAGAAAUCCUCACCGAAGCCCUCAGGAGUGAGCCCUACCCCAAGUUCCCACAAGCAACCCUGGGAGAUUUUGCAGGGCUUGGGUCCGUGGGAGUGGGGUUUCAGGAUCUGGGUGACUUGUCAGAUUCCCUUACCAUCCACGGAUAUUCUAGGAUCCCCACAGAAGUAAAAAAUUGGAGGAAUGAGCACAGUGUGACCAGUGGGGAGAGCAUGCAAUGACUGUCAGGGCCUGGGCCUCCAGCCUUAAGUGAUGUGGCUUUUCUAAGACUGUUUCUCCACAUGCUCAAGUAGAGAUGACAGCCUUUGUGUGGCCUUGGCCCAUUCUCCCUGGGUGCUGUGAAAAGCCUUGGAUGGUGGAUUAUUUGGGUAAACUUACCUUCCUUUGGUCCUGCUAAUGAUAUGAAGGGACAAGAGUGGGCUGGCUUUUCGCUUAAGAGUAUGUGCUCCAGGAGGUGUCCUCAAAGCUGCCUGCUACCACUACCCUAAUUCAGGCCUGCAAUAUCUUUAACCUUGCCCUCAUCCUUCCUAAAUCUGAACACACCUCCAUCUGUUUGGAGCACAGGUCUAUGACCUGACCAUGUGAAACAAACAAACCUGGCAGGGGCCAGCACCUUGGAGAUCUAAGUUCCCCAAACUAACACAGACCCAAAUCCCAAGUACUCCUGCCACCCCAAAUCACACGCAAUUCCUCGAAUUACACAUGCAGCACCCACUGCUGGGAGGCUAUAUGCUCCUGCUUGCUGCCCUGAGCGGAGCUCUGCCCUCCAGGCUACAGGUCAAGCAUCGGAGGGGACCACUUCCUGACCAAGGAGUUGCAGCAAUACAUCGAGAGGCUCAAGAGGCGCCGGAGCAAGAGGUUGCACGUCUCGGUGCACUAAGUGCACCGCUCGGGCUCGAGUGACAGCCCGACUCCAAGCCCCGUCCCUGUCCCAUCCCCAAACCCAAAACCGACCCUGUCCACGUGGAAUUUGGGCCCUAGAGAAAUAAAAGAGUUUGUGAACGGCC